ACUCUGCAGUUCUCCUUGACUGAUUGGGCCCUUUGGUUUGAUGCAUUCUAAGUACUGGCACAAAUACAACGUGCAACGUGAGAUGAAGUUGAUUCAAAAGGUAUUGUUGUCAUUUGAGGAUGUGGCUGUGUACUUCACCUGGGAGGAGUGGCAGAAACUGGAUAAUACUCAGAGGACCCUGUACAGGGAUGUGAUGCUGGAGAUCUAUAGCAACCUGCUGUCUUUGGGGUACUACCUUACCAAACCUGAGGUGAUCUCUAAGUUGGAGCAAGGAGCUGAGCCAUGGAACAUAGAAGAAUCCCCAAACCAGAGCCUCCCAGUUGUCCAAAGAAUGGAUGACCUGCCUGGAUUGAGCAAGCAAAGUCAAGACAGACAUUUGUGGCAAGGUGUAGUCACAAACAGCAAUUCAGCAAUGAAGGAGGGAUUUGAAUUAAGAAAAAUAUUUAAUUUAAGCUCAAAUCAUAUUUCAAAACCUAUAAAGUUCAGAAAAUAUUCAGGAAUGAGGUCUGAGGCAUUAAAGGUAUAUCAGAAGGUGCUUUUCCCUGGCAAGCCUGAUGAGCUGCAUAUUUCAGAGAAACUUGAAGCCCAAGAUUUAACUGAGAAAUCUUUACUCAGAUGCUGUGAGAACCUUAGUCAACAUCACAAGGAUCAAACUUUGCAGCAGACUUUGGAAUAUAAUGGGCAGUGGAAAGCCUUCAACAGGGAUGCACUGUUUACACAAAAGAGGGUGCAUAUGAGAGAGACCCCAUGUAAGCAUAAAUAUGGGAAAGCCUGUGACAAGUCACCUCUCAUUGUUGGAGAAACAACUCCGAUAGCAAAGAACAUUCUCAGCAGAAAUUCUAACCUUGCUAACCAUCAGCAAAUGUGCAUAGGUGAGAAACCGUAUGAAUGUAAAGGAUGCCAGAAAACUUUCUCCUGUAAGUCAUACCUCAUUCAACAUCAGAAUUCUCACACGGGUGAGAAAGCAUUUGAAUGUAAAAGGUGUACAAAGUCCUACUACUACAAGUGUCAACUUGCUCUGCACCAGAAAAUUCACAUGGUAGAAAAGCCUUAUGAGUGUAAUGAAUGUGGCAAAGCCUAUUUUCAGAAGGCAGCCCUCAGCGUACAUUUGAUAACUCACACAGGAGAACGACCCUUUGAAUGUAGUUUUUGUGGGAAUACCUUCUCCAGGCAGUCAAGCCUGAGGAAACAUGAAAAACUUCAUACAGGGGAAAAACCUCAUACAUGUGGAAAGACUUUGUGCAUGAAUGGAGACCUCACAUCCCAGCAGAGAACUCUCACAAGAGAACGUCCCUAUAAAUGUAAUGAAUGUGGAAAAGCUUUCUCCAAGAAGGGGGGCCUCACUUUCCAUCAGAGAACACACACAGGGGAACAGCCUUAUAAAUGUGAUGAAUGUGGGAAAACCUUCUCCAGAAAGGGAGACCUCAGUUUGCAUAAGAGAACUCACACAGGGGAAAAAGCUCAUGUGUGUAGUUCCUGUAAAAAGCCCUUUUACCGGAAGUCCCACCUCAUAAUACAUCAGCGAACUCAUACAGGGGAAAGACCUUAUGCAUGUAGCACAUGUGGAUUAGCCUUUUACCGGAAGACAGACCUCAUUAAGCAUCAAAGAUUCCAAAAGGGGGGAAAUCAUUAUGAAUGUAAUGAAUGUGGCAAAGUCUUUUGCAAGAGAAUACAUUUCAGGACACAUCAGAGAACUCACGCAGGGGAGAAAACAUAGAAUGGAAAGAAUGGAAGCAUCUUUUGUGGCCAGUCACACCUCAGCAGGCAAUGUAUUGACAGAAGAAAAAUGUUAUGAAGAUGAUGCGGGAAUAUCAUAAAUCAGACCUUGCCAGAUGUCAGUGAAAUAGAGGAGACACCUUGGAAGUGUAGUGUGAAUAAAAACUUGCCAAAAUUCACACAUCUUCAAAUGUAGAGGAAAUGACAGAAGGGAGUAACUAUUCACAGACUGGCUGUGUAGUCUUGAAAUCCCCUCUUUUGGACAGUUUGUGUUCAUAGCCUCACCUUACUGAGCUCUACUUUCACAUUUCACUUUUGGGAAUAAACAAA